CAAAUUAGUUUGAAAUCUAUUUUAAUUUAAAUUUAUUUUCAAUUUUAAAUACUAAAGCAAACUGAGAUCAGAUUCAUGAUUUGUAUUAGCCUAUCAUAUGAACAGUUGUUAAACAGUCGAAUCCUCGACUUAUUCAAAGUGAAUCUGAAAGUAUUGUGUUCCAGCACAGACAUUGGGUAAAACAGUGGAGACAGGUAACAUGGCUGAAAAACAUGAUGAUCACCAUGACCGAUCUCAGAUUUAUCAGAACAAAGGAAUGCCAGCUGGUGUAUUGUCAGGGAACAAGUACUUCGUUAUUCAAACUGGAGUAACAUUGAAUUCUCAUGUAAACUUUAUAGCUCAGCUCAAAAAGAAAAUCCCCUCAUUGCAGAAGGUGAAUAAAGUGGAAGAGUGUGAUUUCAUUCUGGUUUUCUGCCCUGUUGUUUCACGAGCUGGAACUGACAUUGAAAGUGCAGAGAAAAAGCUUGAUGCUACUUCAGCCACAAAACCUGCUGUUCUGGUGGUGCUUCAUCACACGUUUGAUCCAGAGUGUGUUGUACCAGACAGCUGUAGAGCUGUAACAAGAGCGAAUAUGGUAACAGUUGACUGUCUGUUCCAUGAAGAUCAGGGAUUACUGAACUGCUAUAAAAAUACCAAAGCAAUCGACCACAUUCAAAUGCAGAUAAAACCAAAGGAUAUACCAUUUAGGAAAAGAGAGAGAAAAGGUGAACAAAGUUCUAGCACAAAGCUAUCUGGAACCCAAAAAGAACAGGAUGCAUCUGAAAUUGAUGCUGUAGGUAAAAUAUGUGAGAAAAUAAAAGAACUGGAAGAUUUUAAAAAGGAAAUAUUGGGAAAAGAAUCACUUCAAUUAUGUACAAAUAAUGAGUUAAUUAUCACAACAGAACUGAAGUUGGUGCUGUUUGGGGGAGAUGAAUCUACUAAUACUGCAGCAAAAAACAUGAUCAUUGGCAAAGUCGAAAUAAGUAAUGCAGCGGCAUCUACAGCUUCAGUCACCCAACAGGGUGAGAGCACACAGGUUAUAGCUGGGAUAAAGGUAAUGGAGGUGGACCUCGAUUCUCCUGAACUUUUUCUAGAGGAAUUGAGCGAGACUUUGGAACCACGAGCCUUUCUCCUAGUAAUACCUUUAAAGUACUUAGAAGACAAAGUGCGUAGUGAAGAUAAAACACAAAUGACACUCAGGAAGAGGGAGGAGAUUUUUGGAAUGAGAUAUCAGAGAUACACCAUGAUCCUUUUCACUGUUUCUGAUGAGCUGCAGAAGAAGAAGAUUGAGGAGUUUAUCCAGUCAAAAGACCAGAGACUAGAGAAGGUCCUAGAGAAAUGUGGGAACAGGUAUUACUGUCUUAACAUUAAGGAGAAUGGAGAUGGUACUCAAGUCUCAGAGCUGCUGAAGAACAUCGAGGAGAUGGUGGAAGGGAAUAGAAAUGGAUCUGAGAAAUAUCAGAUUAUUAGUAAUAUGAAGGAAAGACAUACCUGGAUUAGGAAAAUGCAAAGUCGAAUUCAUAAUGCUCUAGAAAAGUGUGUGCAGUUUGAUAAGGAGUUUGAAAGUGACCUAAAAUCUGUACAGGUAAGAGAGAGUAGUGAGAAAAGCAAAACAGUUACCCACAUGAGAAGUGAAAAUAAGGUAAAAAUAGAGAUUGCGGAGCAAAUGAAGAUUAUGUUUAAUACACAUCCGACAGAAAACAGGCAGUUUAUUAAGGCCAUUUUGCCAGGAAACCAGCAACCUAUAUGGCUUUCACUGCCAGAUGAAGAGACCGAAACUGAAAAGUACAAAAAGCUUCAGCAACUUGACAAAAAGUUGUCAGAAAUAAUGGGAAAGCCAUAUAUUGAUAAAUGAUUUGUGAAGAUGAAAUUGGGUGAAGAAACUGGGCAAGAGCUGUCGUGAAGGAGAGAUCAUGAAUAUCCAAUAUCCAAUAUAUGUGAAUGAAAAGAAAAUAAUCAAAUAAUCACUAAAUAUAUGUGGAAAUAAUAUAAAAAAAAAAUCUACCAUCCAUUAAUAAAUCAGUAUGUUUUUCACAAUGUAACCUGCAUGACUAAUAAAUGGUUGAUUUUCGAUAUCACCAUA